GCCAGGCCCGGCCGGGCUAGUUUAUAUACUUUUUACAGUUGUUUUGUUAAAAUGCCAACAUAAUAUUUGUUCUGUUUCAUAAUGGUUUUACUUUUUAAUUUUGCAGAGUUAACACUGAAUCCUCCAGAGGGAAUUGUGGCAGGCCCCAUGAAUGAAGAGAAUUUUUUUGAAUGGGAGGCAUUGAUCAUGGGCCCAGAAGACACUUGCUUUGAGUUUGGUGUUUUUCCUGCCAUCCUGAGUUUCCCGCUUGAUUACCCAUUGAGUCCUCCAAAGAUGAGAUUUACCUGUGAGAUGUUUCAUCCCAACAUCUACCCUGAUGGCAGAGUCUGCAUUUCCAUCCUCCAUGCUCCGGGUGACGACCCCAUGGGCUACGAGAGCAGCGCUGAGAGGUGGAGCCCUGUGCAGAGCGUGGAGAAGAUCUUGCUGUCGGUGGUGAGCAUGCUGGCAGAGCCCAAUGAUGAAAGCGGCGCUAAUGUGGAUGCUUCCAAAAUGUGGCGGGAUGACCGAGAGCAGUUUUACAAGAUUGCCAAGCAGAUCGUUCAGAAGUCUCUGGGGCUCUAAGGCUUUGCCAUGUGUGCACAGUUACCACCAAGCAGCUUCCAGUGUUUCUCCUCCAGGACGCUGAGUGACAGUGACACUCUGUGCUGG